AUGCGCAUGCAGCUUCUGCUGUCGCAAAGAUGUCAGUCAGCAAGCUCUCAAUCCUUGCCCCUAAAUGCAAGGAAAGAGGGUAAAGGACUCUUCGGGGGGCUGAAGGGAAGACGGAGAGGUCUGGAAGCAAGGCAGCGGAAGGACGUGCGUGCGGCAGCUAUAUCUGGGGAAGCCACCACUCAAGGAGACAAUGCAGCCCCAGUUUCCAAGAAGAGUCUCCUUCCUGUGGAGGUUGAACUCAGUUGGAAGCCGCCAAAAUGGGCCUGGCGUGCUCUCUCCGCCGCCCUCAUUCUGGGGCAGGUAGCAUCGCGCGUCCUAAGAGGCAAGAUCCAUUGGAAGAAUACUCUGGAGCAGCUUGCGGAGGUGGGGCCAGGAUCGCUCGGGGUGUGUCUCCUGACGUCGUCCUUCGUGGGCAUGGUCUUCACAAUCCAGUUUGUGCGCGAGUUCGCUCGUUUGGGGCUGACCCGCUCGGUAGGCGGAGUCUUGGCUUUGGCCCUUUCUCGGGAGCUGACACCUGUCGUUACGGCCAUCAUCCUUGCUGGACGAGUCGGGAGUGCUUUCGCAGCGGAGCUCGGAACGAUGCAGGUCUCCGAGCAAACCGACACGCUGCGCGUGCUGCGCACCGACCCCGUGGACUACCUCAUCACGCCACGUGUCAUCGCCUGCUCGAUCGCCAUGCCCUGCCUCACCGUAUUCUGCUUCACCGUCGGCAUGGCGGCCAGCGUCCUGCUUGCUGACGCAGUGUACAGCGUCAGCAGCAACAUCAUCCUGGACUCGGCGGCGCGCGCGCUGAGUCGGUGGGAUCUGAUCAGUACCCUAAUUAAAAGCUACAUCUUCGGCGUCAUUAUCGCCGUCAUCAGCUGCGCGUGGGGCAUCACCACGAACGGCGGCGCCAAAGGCGUGGGAGAGUCGACCACGUCAGCUGUCGUCAUCAGCCUGGUGGUCAUCUUCAUUGCGGACUUCGUCCUUUCGUUCCUGUUUUUCCAAGGGGCCGGCGAUUCACUCAAGGCUGCGCUUGGAUAGGAAAGUGCGCACGGUUUUGUACGGAACAAUGUUUCGCCAGACAUUUCAUGGGCAGGAAAGGUGCCUACUUGUUUCGGGGCUUCGAUUUCGCUUCUAUUCUCGACCAGAGAUUUUCGAUGGAUUGCACUGGCAGGUUUUGUGGAGUCGUCGUUUUUUCAAUCCUUACUCAGCCACCCUCCUGGAACAAAUGUAUGCUUUGCAACUUAGCAACAGGGCUUAUACCAGU